CACUCCACGUUUCCGCGUUUUUGCUGGAGCUUAUUUUGCAGCUGGAUUGAAUAUGUUUAUUUGUUGAAAAUUAAAAAUUUGAAAUAAAAAAGCUGUGCACUGGAUAAAACUAAAAAUCCCUGCGAAGCUGACCUACUGACUUCGUCUUUGUUCAGACUAAAAGGCCUGAAUUGAAGUUUCGACUGAACAAAAUGACGGUUUAAUUUAUGCGACGAUCAAAUUCUAAAACUAGCCAAGAUGUCGCAAAAUACUGAAGGAAAAUGGGUUAUGAAAAAUCGUCUGGACAAUUUAGAACAAAAACUGGCCCAUGUCCACGGAUUUUUGUUGAAACUAUUUGGAAACAAUUUCGAAGAAUAUCUCAGUAGAUCUCAGUGUCCAAUAAGUGCAAGGGAGGCACCAUUAUUGACAAAACCGAACUCCUCACAACAUCAAAAUCUUAAUAAACCUCCCCGCAAAAAUCGACGCCAAAUUCCGUUUAGUAGUGAACCGGUUCCAGAAGGAGGUUUUACCAUAAAUGGAGAGACCACUGUAAUCCCAUUGUCUGAUGAUAUUAGUCUGAAUAAUGAAGGAAUUCAUCAUAGUUUAGACCCAUUAUUUAACCCAUUCCUGGAAUCUGAAUCUGGUGACAAACAAGAAAAUGAUCCUAUUGCAAUUGCCAGUGUCGAUGAUUCCAUCAACAACACAACACAAGAUAUACAAAUAUCAGUAGAUGAAUUACCAAGUCAAGAAAAUGAUAAUGAUACACUUGCGAACCGUUUACGUUCUGAAGAAUCAGUCGAAACAUCCAACGAGGUAAAACAGGAAGAAGACUUUGGUGUAGGAGAAUAUGAUCCUGAUCGUCUGUACUUUUUUGACGAUGGAGUUGACCAAGGACAAUUUUCUAGGUAUUUUGAUGAAGCAGAGGAAGCUGAGCCAUUUCAAUUGUCCAGCCCUAGUGUAACAUGUACACCGGUAGCAGCUUCUGGUGAACUAGCAUCAGUAUCCUUUUCCACUACACCCACUGGUGACAUUAGUCAAAUAAAAAUAGAGGACGAUAAUUCUAAUGAUAAUGGUCGUCGUCCUAAAAGAGCAGCCGCUUCUUACCCAUCGACGCCCAAAACAAGAAGUCAACGAAUACGUAAGACGGGAAAUGACAAUAAUGACGAAGACUCAGAUUUUAAGCUGGAAAGUGGGGAAGAUGAAGGUUCAUCGUCUUCGUCGAGCAGUGACAGUGAUCCAGAUUGGCAAAAGAAAUCAACAACAAGUGCAAAACACCAAGCAACUAAUGCGAUGGAUAAAAUGAAGCUGGUACGUCGUGGGCGACCCAGUAAAUUUUCUCCUUAUAAUCGUCCUGCGUCCACUGGCACAACCCCUACGACGUCAGGGAAUAAGUUUCCUAUACUUAUUCCACUACCACCCCACGUUAAUAGCGGUCAGAUUUCGAGAACCAGAAAUAUUAGUGGGAUUAUUUUGCCAACGAAAGUUCCCAUUUAUAAUUCGAUUGAAAUGUUACCCAAAGUGAUUAACGGUGUAUACUUUCGCCUCGUCUCGUUGGCCACUGAUAAAUCGAAUAAAAAUAUCAUGCAAGUAAAGGCAAAGUGUGGGAUUUGUGCUACAACUCAAGAGAAGCCCGUCAUUGUUAUUGGAUAUGGAAAGUCAAGCCGUAAUUUUAUUGACCACUUGGAGACGUUUCAUAGAGCCCACUAUGAACACUAUAAAACUAACUCACAAAAUAUUGAUAUGUACACGUCGAAAUUGCGAAAAGUGAUUUCUAAGAAUUCUGCACAAAAAGGACCGAACGGGGAGGCCAUACUUAUCAGCAAAUGCAUUCGGAAACUCACUAGCCUAAAUCCAAGCUAAGUAAAUCUUAGGCCAUGUUUUUGUAAUGAAAGGGUGAAAGGAAAUCAUCAAACGUACCAACAUCGGGGUUUUCCUCUACUCCCCCCAAGCCAAGCUAACUAACAAUAAAUGUAUUUCAUAUUUUAUAAAUGUUUAUGUUAAUAAAAACAAAUAUCUCAAGUGAAAACUGAAGAGGAAUCAUCAUAUAUGCAUAACUUACAUAUUUACAACUUUUACAUAAUUUUAUGUAAUAUUUUUUUAAUUACACGUAAGCAAUUCUUCAGUAUAAAACUUAUGUAAGAUUUAAAUAUUAUCAAGCGUUAUUUAAACUGAUAACAUAAAAUAAUAAGAAAUGUUUAGCAUAUAUACAUCACUUAUCUAUUUGUAUGUAUAAAUGUAUUAAAUUUACGCUUUUCAACUGGUACACGUGCAUAAGUAGUCUGCCAAUAUUAUUUGACACUUUAUCAUUCUAUACAUGUUGCGACAAAUGAAUUGUUUCCAACACAAAUUUUCAUUUUUGAAGAAAUUAAAUUUUAGUUAUUAUGUACUGACAAAAUGGUGUGAGUGGACCGUUGCUAAGUUGGAGGAUUGAGAUGACCCCCUAGGUCAAAUCCGGACCAAGUGAUCUCACACCCUCCAGUGAGGUGUCAAUCGAUCGGUCUAGAUAAUACGAUCAGUUUGGUAUAUUAUAAAAUUUUGUGAGAUAAGAAUUGGCUUCGAAAUUCCUGAAAAACUUAUAUUUUGGAGAUAUUCUUCAAAAUAAACAUUUUAAUUUUCGAAAUAGUACACUCGAGAUUUUUAGCUUAAAAAAUCAAGCUAAAAAUUAGGAUGACUUCAUCCUCAGGAAUUAAGUCUCUUUGUCUGCCUAUUCAAAAGUUAUUCAAGGUUAAAGUCGUUGGGGCAAACCAAAGGACUUUUGCCCCAACGAUUUAAAAAAUGAAAAUUUUCUAAAAAAUAAUCCAUUUGUCGCAACCGUAUGGGGCACCACCCCAUAGAAACGAUGUCAGUUAAUCGUGGUAGUCUGCUCAGCGUGUAUUCAAAUAUACAAGGUAAAAUUUAAAUAAAAUUGAAAGUUUUGUUACCAUGAAAUACACUCCAUGAGUUAAUGACGAUUUAAACUAAGGUCAGUGUCACCUAUGUUCGUGUUAGCUGUUAUGAAAUAGGGUAGCGAUGACAUGUUAUUAAUCGUCUGUAUGAUAUUGCUUUAAUAGUGUAUAUACGGUAUUUUUAUGCCAUAUUGUCACUAUAAGCUAUUUAAAACUGGGUGUAAUCUAUGCAGAGUACAAAAUAAAGAAAGAAAUAUAUAAAAAAAA